UGGACGUGACAUCACAACCACCUAGGGAAGCUCCAAAGUACUAGAACUCCACAGUUCGAUCACUCUUUUCUCCGCAGUAUAAAGCCUUGCUUCCAGCCGUCUGCUCAGUACAGAGACGAGAUCUGGAACUCACAAGAUCAUAAAAAACCUGAACAGUUCCAAAAUUGCUAGCACCUCUCAGUAACGACACUCGCUAACUACAGUUAUGUCAGGUGACUACUAUUCAAAGAGGGUGGGGGACACCGUCUUCACGGUGCUCAAGAGAUACAAGGAACUCACUAAUAUCGGGAGUGGGGCUCAGGGCGUUGUGUGCUCGGCAUUUGACACUGUGGCAAAUGAGAAGGUUGCCAUCAAGAAACUCGUGAAGCCUUUCCAGAACGAGACGUACGCUAAGAGAGCGUUCAGAGAGCUCCGACUUAUGAAGAUGGUCAACCACAAGAACAUUAUUGGUCUCAAGAAUCUCUUCACUCCAGCCAAGUCCCUGGAUGAGUUUCAAGAUGUGUACAUAGUGAUGGAGCUGAUGGACGCUAACUUGUGUCGGGUGAUCGGUAUAGAGUUGGACCACGACAGAAUGUCGUACCUCCUCUACCAGCUGCUCUGCGGGAUGAAGCACUUACAUUCAGCCGGGAUCAUUCACAGAGUAAGUGGAUACCGCUAGACUAUUAUAAUGAUACUGUGUGUGUGUGCUGUGCGUAUAAUUAUGUUCAACUAUCUAUUAAGAACAGUAAACAGCUCCCCUUCCCUCCCUCCACACACACACACACACACACACACACACACCACGCACACAGUGGACAUCUGGUCGGUGGGCUGUAUAUUUGCCGAAAUGGUGAGGGGAGACAUCCUACUACCAGGAAAAGACUACAUAGACCAGUGGAACAAGGUGACUCAAGUGCUGGGCACACCUCCACAAGUCUUCUUCAAACAGCUAACACCUUCUGUGAGAAUGUACUGUGAGUCUCAGCCCAAACACGCUGGGAAAACGUGGGUGGAUCUGUUCCCGGAAGAUGUGUUUCCUAGCGACACACCUGAGGACAAAAUCAAAACCAAACAUGCUCGAGACCUGCUGAUGAAGAUGCUUCAGAUCGACCCUCAGAACCGGAUCACCGUGGAGCAGGCACUCGCCCAUCCCUAUGUCAACAUCUGGUAUGACCCCACCGAAGUCCAUGCACCGCCCCCCUCGAAGUACGACCAUAAACUGGACGAACAGAGCAUCCCAUUGGACCUAUGGAAAGAUCGUAUAUACACAGAAGUGACGGGCUACACGCCUACACGCUAAGUAACACUAUAUAGGGACACUGUCAAUUAUAUCUGUGCACUGUGUCGUGUUUUAGACUGAUCUAAUUUCUCUGUUCUGUAUACAAUAUACAUGUAGUGUACGUACGUAUAACUGCAUAAUGUUAUUUUUAGUUUUGUGGCUACCUCUUUAUUGAAUUGUGCCUGUGUAAUGCUUGAAUCAUUAGUACAAUGCUUGAA